GGAGACUGAGUGGGUUGGACACAUCACUAAGAGGCGGGCAGUGUAUUGACAGUUCGGAUGGGAGCGCAGCUUCGGGCUGCCCAGAGCAGUUCAACCCAGCUUGCAAGGAGUGUGUGAGAGAAAGAGAGAGCCCGUACAUUGUGUCGCUGCAGAGACCUUCUCCACUGCUGGAAGGAGGCAGGCACACACACAUCAGAGGCCGCUCUCUGGGAUUCGCACCGAGAGUGGACACGGGGCAGCGAGACAACCAUGGAGGGGGCGGCGAAAGGGACCCCAGAUACAGUGGACAUUGUGACAGUUCAUCACCAUGGCAAUGGUUCAAGCGAUGCCCAUAGCUUCUGAGCAUCAGAGUCCGGAGAGUGGGACGAGCCUGCAGACUUCUGCACCAUCGCCAGCCUUGCCGAGCACCAUGGGUAGUGUUGGCAGCCUUGUCUCGGGACGCAACUAUCAUGACAAGCACUGCAAAGCCACAGAGUACAGCAGCAAGUGUCGCAAAACCAGCCAGAUACAGAACAUUUUCAGGCAACAGGAUGGGCACCUAAAAAAUGGCUACUCUCAGGACUGCAUUGGUGGAAUGGCGACCAGGAAGCAGCAUGGGAACUAUGCACACUUAAAAGACGACCGACGCAAUGGAGGCUGGAAUAUGAUAGAGUCGCCUGCCAGUCCUUGCAGUGAUCCCGAGGACUUGCGGGAGGGAAAGUCGGUCAAUGGAAACAUCCGGGGUCCUCCUCCAAAGAUAAUUCCGGUGUCGGGCAAGCUUGAGAAGAACAUUGAGAAAAACCUGAUCAGGCCAACAGCAUUCAAGCCUGUUAUGCCCAAGAACAGGAACUCUGUCCAGUACCUCGUUCCCCGUCCUACCAAUGGAUUGUCGGACAGUCAAGGGAGCCUAAAUAUCGUCUUCAAUGGAAAUUCGCUGGGGUCCGUCAGCUGUGCUGAGAAACGGAACUCGCUCCAGAGCUACGGUUGUCCCCGGAGCAGCGCGCAGUCAGGAAACCUGUCGGACUCUGGGAGGAACUCUUUGUCCAGCCUGCCCACCUACAGCACGGGCUGCAGCCAGCAGCUGGAGGUGGUCAGCUCCUCCACGGGGCACAUCAACCUGGAGGGAGGCGGAGGUCAGCAAGGCUUCCACGAGAGGGGCGCCGUCUCACUGAACGGCCUGUCCAACUCAGACAGCGGCCGCUCUUCCUCCAGCAAGAGCACGGCCUCGCUGAGCGGCCGCGCUCUGCCGCUGUCGGACGGCGAGCGCUCGCCCGGCGCCAGCCACGACCUGGUGGUGCGGGAGCUGGAGGAGAGGCUGCGGGAGCGCGAGGCCGAGCUGCGGCAGCUGAGGGAGAGCCUGGAGGAGAACGAGGCGGCCCUGUGCCAGAUCUACGAGGAGAAGCAGCGGCGCUGCGAGCAGGAGAUGGAGGAGCUGCGGCAGAGCUGCGCCGGCAAGCUGCGGCAGAGCUCGCAGAAGGCGCAGCGGGUGCAGCAAGUGCUGCAGCUGCAGGUCUACCAGCUGCAGCAGGAGAAGAAGAAGCUGCAGGAGGAUUUCACCCAGCUGCUGCAGGAGCGCGAGCUCCUCGAGAAGAAGUGCGCCUCCAUCGAGAAGGAGCAGACAGAGCUGGGGCCGCGGCUUGAGGAGACCAAGUGGGAGGUUUGUCAGAAGUCCGGGGAGAUUUCGCUCCUGAAGCAACAGCUAAAAGACUCCCAGGCUGAUCUGGCCAUGAAGAGCAAUGAAAUAGUCUCCUUGAAAGCACAGCUCCGUGAGAUACGAGCCGAGUUACAGGACCACGAGGACGAGAUUCACGAGUUCCGAGAUUCGGUCCACACCAAGACCUUGGAGCUGGAGGUGUGCGAGAACGAACUUCAGCGCAAGAAGAAUGAGGCUGAACUUUUAAGGGAGAAGGUGGGCAAGCUGGAGCAGGAGACCACUGGCCUGAGGGAAGCUCUGGGCAACACGAGACAUGCAAUUGGUCCCUACCCUGAGCGGGAGGACGCUUUCCUGAUGUACGAGAGCGACGAAGCCAAGGUCCAGCGGCAAAACGCAGACAACCAACAGAGCCUUAGACAGCAAAUGGAAAAGCUGAGGGCUGAACUCAUGUACGAAAGGAGGAGGAGCGAGACUCAGCUGCAGAACUUUGAGGUGGAGCGGCGCACGUGGCAAGGAGAGAAGGAGAAAGUGAUUAGGUACCAAAAACAGCUCCAGCACAACUACAUCCAGAUGUACAGGAGGAACCGGGAGCUGGAGAGAGAAAUGAGGCAACUCAGUCUGGAACUGGAAGCCAGGGAAUUAGAUGACCUUGAAGUGCGAAACGAAGACAUUCGAUUUGAUGAGAUCACGGCAACAGAAAUCUAAAAAAAUGAUUUUAAUAAAGGACAAAACCACCUUUGCCAAAUUUUUGUGUUAGAUAAAUAUAAUGCAGACAUGAUGGACAAUCAUAACUCUCUAAGCUGAUUUAGUUUAUUUCCAAUGUUUGUAAUAAAAGGACGUGUGACUGCUUUGACAUAAUCUUUCUCUAGGCACGUUCAAACAUCUCAAUCUAUUGUUGCUUCCAUGGAAGUCUUCUGAUGUUCCCAUGAAGUGCUUUCCAAUCUCUUUGCAAUGUGAAUUUAGGGAGAUAAACUGAAAUAAAACAGUGAAAUCAACCACACCAGUGAGCAAACACUCAGCAAAUAUUUACAGUACACCAGCACACAACACCAGCAGAAGGCAUUGGCAUGAUAGAUGGUUCAUUAUACUAGAUGUACCAGAGCUGUCAUUGACCUUUCCCAAGAAUAGUUGGCCAAUACCAUUGCCGCUCAUUUAUCAUUAAAGCUUAAGGCAAAUGUGACCAAUUUUGCUUGCGGGUGAAGAUAGUUUCAGAAAGGAACAGAAGCAGUUAUCCAAAAGUAAAUUGUGUGGGAUGCAUUUCUUCGUAAUGGAAGUCUAUAAAAUAAAAACUUGAAAACGUUCUUUAUUUUGAGAAUUGUUCCUGUAAAACGAUUCUGAGCAUCUUUUACAAAAUGGCAUGAAAUGAUGAAGGUGAUUUCCUUUUCUUUGUUGGAUAGAAGGAAACUGGAUUUUUCUGCCAGAUUUAUAUUUUAAUAUACCAAAUCAUCUGUCCUAGCUGUUUGUAUCUGGGCUCUUACUUUUAUCAGGGUUCCAUUGCUUACUACCUGUCCACGUUACAGCCACGGGUGAACCUGGACAGACAGAGAGUGAAUAUUAUGCAAAGCCGAACUUCAGAAACCAGUAUCCCUAAUUUCCACAAGGACAAAGCCAGACUGGUUUGGGCAAUUGAGCUGGGAACCCAUCAUCACAAUGACCCUGAGCAAGUGGUAGAGAGAGGAAUGGGAUCGGGAAAGACAAUUCCUCCAUCUUUUCACCCCUUUGCACUUGAUGUCAGGAAGAGAAUUUGGGACAGUUUGUUUGGCUGAAAUUUCCGCCCAUUCCCAUUGUAACGGCAACAUCGUCCUGUUGCCCCCAACCAGGUGUUCCAUAUUUUUGCAUAACAUUGGGACAUAGCACUGCCAAGUGCCAGAAGGAAGGGUUAGUGGCUAUGCAAAAGCUUGGCUUCUUUCUGGAAGCAGCCCACAAGCUACUUAGAAACAGAAAGCCUCCCACAGUUCCCUCAGCUGACCUUAGUGAGACUUGGGCCUAGUUUGCAGGCCAUUGAUUCAAUCUCCUUCUGCACCCAAGCAGUGGCCCCGACUGUACCGCCGCUGGUGUGGGUGCCGGCCCAUUAUAUUCCAACUGACUGACCUAAGGAAUUCCAACAGAGGCAGCGUGGUGCAUCAUACCAACUUGGGGGCAGAGUUUGGUUCUGUCACGGUGCAGUGGAGGAGGGGGAUGUAGAUUUGGGGAAUCGGUGCAGAAUGAUUCAAGGGGAGAACCAUAUUGCCUCAUGGAUUGAAAUAAAAAGCUCUCGGAGUGUCAAGAUUUUGUCUGUCUGCUGUGCACAACAAAACUAACGUUGGUAAUCCAUGUAUCACAGCAAUACACGAAUGUUUUAUUUGGAAAGCUUGAGAAAAUUAUAAUACUGGUUUAUUCCCU